AUCAACAAUCAAAGCUAGCUAGUAGAGUGAUCUGCUAAUAACCAACAUUAUAUUUAACAAAAUUAGCAAUGGAGCUCUUCUUCCUUUGUGGCCUAAUCCUCUUUACUCUCUUCGUUGCUGUAUCUCUUCGUUAUCUCUUUUCCAAUAAUUCCAAAUCUUCUUACUCUAACCUCCCUCCAGGCAACUUGGGUUUGCCAUUCAUAGGGGAGAGCCUUGAUUUUCUCAGCAAUGGCCGAAAGGGUCAUCCUGAGAAGUUCAUAUUCGAUAGAAUAGCCAAAUACUCCUCUCAAAUCUUCAAAACUUCAAUCUUCACUGAACCUACCGUUGUUGUUUGUGGUGCUGCUUUAAACAAGUUCUUGUUCUCCAAUGAGAAUAAGCUUGUCACAGCCUGGUGGCCCGACUCAGUUAACAAGAUCUUCCCUACAACAGCCCAAACAUCUUCCAAAGAAGAAUCCAAGAAUCUGAGGAAGAUGUUACCAAACUUUCUAAAGCCAGAGGCCUUAAUGAGAUAUAUAGAUAUGAUGGAUUCAAUUGCACAGAAGCAUUUAGCGGCUGAUUGGGAAGGGAAAGAACAAGUGACAGUGUACCCACUUUCAAAGAGUUAUACCUUUUGGGUUGCAUGCAAAGUUUUCUUAAGCAUCGAUGAUCCUGAGCUUGUUGCAAAAUUUGCUGAACCUUUCGAUCUUUUGGCUUCAGGAGUCCUUUCUCUUCCUAUAGAUUUGCCAGGGACUCUAUUCAACCGUGCUAUCAAGGCCUCAAAUUUUGUCAGGAAGGAGUUGAUAGCUGUUAUCAGGCAAAGGAAGAUUGAUCUUGCACAAAAUAAAACCUCUCCGAAAGAUAUAUUGUCCCAUAUGCUACAAGCAACAGAUGAAAAUGGUCGGCACAUGAAUGAGUUGGACAUAGCCGAUAAAAUUCUUGGUUUGUUGAUUGGUGGCCACGACACAGCUAGUGUUGCCAUUACUUUCAUCAUCAAAUAUCUCGCUGAGCUUCCUCACAUAUACGAUAAAGUCUUAGAGGAACAAAUGGAGAUUGCAAAAUCGAAAAAGCUAGGGGAGUUGUUGAACUGGGAGGACAUUCAGAAAAUGAAGUACUCAUGGAAUGUUGCAUGCGAAGUUAUGAGACUAUCUCCUCCACUUCAGGGUUCUUUCAGGGAAGCCCUUAGUGACUUUGCCUUAAAUGGUUUUUCCAUUCCUAAGGGCUGGAAGUUGUAUUGGAACGCACAUUCAACACACAGGAAUCCAGAAUGUUUCCCGGAGCCUGAAAAUUUUGAUCCAACAAGAUUUGAAGGGAAUGGACCAGCUCCAUACACAUAUGUUCCAUUUGGAGGAGGACCUAGAAUGUGCCCUGGAAAAGAAUAUGCACGUUUGGAGAUACUUGUGUUCGUGCAUAAUGUGGUCAAAAGGUUCAACUGGAAGAAAUUGAUUCCUGAUGAAAAAAUAAUUUUGAAUCCAGUGCCCGUGCCAGCUAAAAACCUUCCCAUUCGCCUUAUUCCUCACGAACACCUUAACUAAUUAUGUGACAUUUCCAGGGCUUAGCCAGCUCCAGUAUCUUUCUUAAUAAUAAUUAACUGUGAGAGUGUUGUAAGUUUAUACAUAUAAUAAGGCAGUUAAAGUUGCUGCCUAGAUCAAGAUUAAAGGCACAGUUUGCCUUGUCUUUCUUUCUUAAUUUCAGCAUUUCUGUGCAAAUUAGUCUCUUUCUUGAAUAAACACAUAUCUAUUUGUAUCCA